UUCGGACUAUCUUUUGAGCAAGCACAUAUACUUUCGCCCGAAGUAAGAAUGUUACUAGAAUGUUCUCAUGAAGCAAUUGUCGAUGCGGGAAUCAAUCCAAAACAAUUACGAGGAAAAGAUACUGCUGUGAUUAUAGGGUCAUGUGAAAUUGAAUCACAAAUGAAAUUGCUAUAUAAUAAUGAUAAGUAUUUAGGAGAUAACAAUAUUAUUGGAUGCAGCAAAUCUACAAUAGCAAAUAUGAUUUCACACCUUUUUGAUCUGAGAGGACCAUCAUAUACAGUUGAUACAGCAUGUAGUUCUA